CCCAUAUUGUGCACCUUCUCCUCCUUCCUCUUGAAAAGCUCCCAAAAUUAAAAGCUCAAAUAACUGAGGUGAAGGGGAUUAUGAUGGAUAACAUUGAAAAGCCAACUUAUUCCAGCAUUGACUUUCACGCCGACGAUCUCCUUUGCUCCAACCCACAGCAGAACCAAGAUGAACAGUCUUCUUCUUCCCUCGAUGAAACACCGUCGUCUAUAGGUUCUCCGGGGAAGUACCUAAUCGUGGUCUCGCGGAUUGAGAGGGCAUGGGCUCAUUGGACCAAGCUUGGUUGUCCGAAGUUUAUCGUUGCCCCCAUGGUUGAUAACUCAGAGCUUCCAUUUCGCAUGCUUUGUAGAAAAUAUGGGGCUGAGGCUGCGUAUACGCCCAUGUUACAUUCGCGUAUUUUUACAGAGAAUCCAAAGUACCGUUCAGAAGAAUUUACUACUUGCAAGGAGGACCACCCAUUAUUUGUCCAAUUUUGUGCAAAUGAUCCUGAUACAUUACUUGAAGCUGCAAGGAGAGUCGAAUCUUAUUGUGAUUAUGUUGACAUUAAUCUGGGUUGUCCGCAGCGGAUUGCUAGACGAGGGUAUUACGGAGCUUUCUUGAUGGAUAACCUUCCUCUCGUGAAAUCUUUAGUGGAAAAACUGGCUUUGAAUCUUAAUGUGCCUGUUUCCUGCAAAAUCAGAGUGUUCCCUACGUUAGAGGAUACACUGAAAUAUGCAAAGAUGCUGGAAGAGGCUGGUUGCUCUCUUUUAGCCGUUCAUGGCCGAACAAGAGAUGAGAAAGAUGGGAAGAAGUUUCGAGCCGAUUGGAAUGCCAUUAGGGCUGUUAAAAAGGAGCUUAGAAUCCCAAUCCUUGCCAAUGGGAAUAUUAGGCACAUGGAAGAUGCUCAAAACUGUCUGGAAGAAACGGGCGCUGACGGUGUGCUUUCAGCUGAGACCCUUCUUGAGAAUCCUGCUCUUUUUGCUGGAUUCCGGACUGCUGACUGGGUAGCUGGUAACGAGAAUGAAUAUGUAGAUGGAAAAGUAGACCAGGCAGAUCUGGUGGUGGAGUAUUUGAAGCUUUGUGAAAAAUACCCUGUCCCAUGGAGGAUGAUCCGAUCUCAUGUUCACAAAAUGCUAGGGGGCUGGUUUAGGCUUCAGCCACAAGUUAGAGAGGAUCUAAAUGCUCAGUCCAGGUUGACAUUUGAAUAUCUUUACAGUCUGGUGGAUCGGUUACGAGAGCUGGGUGUAAGAGUUCCACUUCAUCAAAAGGAUACGUCAGCAGCCAGAGACUCGGCUGAGGUCGUUGCUAUUUGAUUACAGGACACCUUUCGAAUAACAUUCUUCAAACCCGUUUGAUUUUGAAGAAAUAUACCAAAAAAACAAAACAAAACAAGCAAUGCUUCUUGUAGACUCAGGCAUACCUUUUGUCGGUGUUUUCAUGGCGACAUUUGUAUGCUACAACUUAUUGUUGAAGACCCGUUUGGUG